CAAGUCAUUCGCGCUCGCUCGAUAACCAGUCGUUCCCCCUUUUUUUCUUUUUUUCUUGGAAGUUUCUUCUCGAGGCGACACCCGUGGGCGAGAUAGGAACGCGGCGGCUGCGGCCGUAGAAGGACCCGGUUGUAAACACUUAUCAGUGCACCCUCCAGCUGGCAACAUUUGGAAGGCGAGGAGGUUGAGACACAGCAAGUGUUUACCAGACUGUCUUCGCAUUCACUGGCGCGUGUUGCUCGGCUGAAAGGCAGCGUCUUCUCAAAGAUGGCGGCCCCCGUCUGGGUUGCCUUUUUGGCCGUUCUCGUCGUCUGGUACUUCUUCUGGCGCAAAAGAAAGCUCGCGGUGUUCAAAACCAUGGGAAUUCCAGGACCCGCUCCGAGUUUCUUCACGGGAAAUAUGUCGGAAAUACUCAAGAAGGGCUCUGUCGUGACUUUCAGUGAAUGGAUCAAGCAGUACGGAGACCUCGUAGGAUUCUUCAAUGGUGGCACCCCAGUUUUGAUUGUGAAGAACGUAGAUCUGCUAAAGAAGAUUCAGAUAAAGGACUUUGGAAACUUCACCUGCAGAGGCGUCGUCUCAGCCGUCUCAAAGAACCAUAAUCUAUCAAGACGGGCUUUGACUAACGUGCCCGGAGAGCGAUGGAAGGAGGUGCGAAGCCUUCUCAAGCCAGCCUUCAAGGCCAGCAACAUGAAACAGGUGGUCGCGCUCCAGCAGAGCUGCAUCGAGGAGUUGAUGAGCGUCAUCGCAACCAAAACCAACAGCGGCCAGUCGGUUGACAUGCGGCGGAUCUUCCAGAAUCUUUCGUUCGACGUCAUCACUCGUGCAGCGUUCGGAGCGAGGACAAACAUUCAAACAACCCCUCGAGGUUCCGAAGGAGACGUCUUGAUGACCGCGGCGCUCGAUAGCCUUCGGCAGUUCAACACAGGGUGGCUUACCUACAUCGCAAACUGCCUUCCUGAGUUUUCUCCCCUAUGGCGAGUUCUGCUUUACUUCGGAUCUGGAUACAUGAAACUACCGUUGGACCAGAUGCAAGAUAACAUGCUUCCUCUCAUUCACACUCGUCGACUAAAACCAAAUGCUCGUGCUGAAGACUUGCUCCAACUGAUGCUAAAUGCUGAAGCUGAUGCUGAUGCUUCUGUGGAUGUGGAUAAGCUUACUGUGGAAUACGAAAAUGAAUCAAUGCCCGAGCGGGCGGAACAAUCUACCAAGAUUAACCAAAAACGUCGGAUGACGACUGAGGAGAUCCAGGCAAACGCCUCGACAUUCCUCAUUGCUGGAUUUGAAACGACUGGUACAACACUGGCAUUCAGCGCUUAUCUUCUGGCAAAGCAUCCAGACAUUCAAGAUAAGACAAGAGAGGAAGUCAAGUCAAUAAUUGAGAAGGAGAAUGGAUUAACCUACGAUGGCGUGUUCAGCAUGCGAUUGCUGGAUCAAGUGAUAUCGGAGGUCCUCCGGCUCUACCCGCCCGUCGUGGGUUUCAUCACAAGAAGAUGUGACAACGAAUACGAAUAUGAAGGUCUGAAAAUUCCCAGUGGUAUCACUGUGGUGGUUCCUGCUUAUCAACUUCACCAUGAUCCAGAGUACUGGGAAAAUCCAGAAGAAUUUGAUCCCGAAAGAUUCAGCCCCGAGAACAAAGAUAAAAUCGAGCCGAUGGCCUAUCAACCAUUUGGUAACGGACCACGCAACUGUGUAGCUAUGAGGUUCGGCCAACUCACACUGAAGAUGACCUUGGCUAAAUUGCUCUCGAAAUACAAAUUCACACUUGAUGAAGAGCGCCACAAGAACGGAUUAAAGAUUGGAUCUUCGUUCACGCUGGCGUAUCCGGAAGGAGGUGUCUGGAUAUACAUCAACGAGCUGUAGAGGUGUCUCCCGGAUGCAGAGCAAGCGUGGUGUGUGUCAUGCAGCACGGGGAAAAUUCAAGCAACUUGCAAUAGGAGCGACCGGACCAGCUGUCUCACCUCUGUCGCCCCUUAUACUCCGCCAGCUAGCGGCAGGCGGCGCAGAAUUUCCGGGACGCGAUGCCACCGAGCUAGUCUACGGUUUACGCGGGGUUGCUAUUAUGAGAAAACUUAAGGCAGUUAGGAACCCAGAAAUCAUGUAUCGUGACACACACUUGUCAAAGAAAGAGCUUUUUCAUGAAUGAGACUACAAACAUAAUGUGAGGACAUUCAUUGAAAUUCAGUGCGCCUGCGAGCUUAAUACAUGUCAAAUUAUGCGUAUGCGAACGAAUACAAGUUUUUUUGCAACUUUCGAAUGAGCAAUGCCGACAUAAUAAAAAACUUUUGUUCACUCAAUGACUUUCACAGCUGGGGGACGAUUGUUUUCCCCAAAUGUGCAGCUAAAUGAAGAUGCGUGCGAGGAAAUGCCGGCCGUCGGCUGACCCUCACGUCGUUGCAUAUCGCAACUGAAUAUAUAAUCGAAACCCGGCUCAUUUUACGAAUCUAUAGCAAUUGAUUUCACAGGUAGUUCGCAAAUACGUGCUGAAUAAACGUAUUCCCGUCAAA